UCUAGUACGGACAAGCAAGAAGAGGGGACAGAAAUUGAGGGACAAAUAGUCAUUUUUGCCGUGGGCUUCAGACAUAAGCAUGCAUGGCCGUGAAUCCUGCCUCUUCAUUCAGGUAAGUAAUUUCACCUCCCUGGGCUUCAUUCUUCAAUAAAAUGGGACUCGGGGCCACGGGGACCACCAUGCACCAUGUAAGCAGCAGAAGCACCUGGCAGGGCCCUGGAAGACAGUGGGCACACGCAGUACCUCUGAUUUCCCACUUUCCCUCCUUUCUGCCCUAGGGAAACCAAUGUACCUGCACAUUGGGGAGGAGGUAGAUGGUGUGGACAUGCGGGCCGAGGUUGGGCUCCUGAGCCGGAACAUCGUGGUGAUGGGGGAGAUGGAGGAUGAAUGCUACCCCUACAGCAACCACAUCUGCAACUUCUUUGACUUCGAUACCUUUGGGGGCCACAUCAAGUUUGCACUGGGGUUCAAGGCCGCACACCUGGAGGGCGUGGAGCUGAAGAACAUGGGCCAGCAGCUGGUGGGUCAGUACCCAAUUCACUUCCACCUGGCGGGCGAUGUGGAUGAAAAGGGAGGCUACGACCCGCCCACGUAUGUCAAGGACCUCUCCAUCCACCACACGUUCUCUCGCUGUGUCACUGUCCACGGCUCCAAUGGCUUGUUGGUCAAGGACAUUGUGGGCUAUAAUUCUUUGGGCCACUGCUUCUUCACGGAAGAUGGGCCGGAGGAACGCAACACCUUUGAGCACUGUCUCGGCCUCCUUGUCAAGUCUGGAACCCUCCUCCCCUCCGACCGCGACAGCAAGAUGUGCAAGAUGAUCACAGAAGACUCCUACCCGGGGUAUAUCCCCAAGCCCAGGCAGGACUGCAAUGCUGUGUCCACCUUCUGGAUGGCCAAUCCCAACAACAACCUCAUAAACUGUGCUGCUGCGGGAUCCGAGGAAACUGGAUUUUGGUUCAUUUUUCACCACGUACCGACGGGCCCCUCGGCCGGCAUGUACUCCCCAGGUUAUUCAGAGCACAUCCCACUGGGAAAAUUCCUUAACAACCGAGCACACUCCAACUACCGGGCUGGCAUGAUCAUAGACAACGGAGUCAAAACUACCCAGGCCUCUGCCAAGGACAAGCGGCCCUUCCUCUCCAUUAUCUCCGCCAGAUACAGCCCCCACCAGGACGCCGACCCGCUGAAGCCCCGGGAGCCGGCCAUCAUCAAGCACUUCACUGCCUACAAGAACCAGGACCAUGGGGCCUGGCUGCGUGGCGGGGACGUGUGGCUGGACAGCUGCCGAUUUCCACUCAGUAGAAGGAAGAACUUUCCCGCAACGCAAGACGCUGGUCAAUGGGAUAAGCUGCUCAUCCCUAGAAUAGAGGCCCAAGGACACUUGAGAGAGAAAUUAUGCAAGAGGUUUGCUGACAAUGGCAUUGGCCUGACCCUGGCCAGUGGUGGGACCUUCCCGUAUGAUGAUGGCUCCAAGCAGGAGAUCAAGAACAGCUUGUUUGUUGGCGAGAGUGGCAAUGUGGGGACAGAGAUGAUGGACAACAGGAUCUGGGGCCCAGGUGGCUUGGACCACAGCGGAAGGACCCUCCCCAUAGGCCAGAAUUUCCCGAUCCGAGGAAUUCAGUUCUACGACGGCCCCAUCAACAUCCAGAACUGCACUUUCCGCAAGUUUGCAGCCCUGGAGGGCCGGCACACCAGCGCCCUGGCCUUCCGUCUGAACAACGCCUGGCAGAGCUGCCCCCAUAACAACGUAACUGGCAUCGCCUUUGAGGACGUCCCGAUUACUUCCAGAGUGUUCUUCGGAGAGCCUGGGCCUUGGUUCAACCAGCUGGAUAUGGACGGGGACAAGACGUCAGUGUUCCAUGACGUGGAUGGCUCCGUGUCCGAGUACCCUGGUUCCUACCUGACCAAGGACGACAACUGGCUGGUCCGGCACCCAGACUGCAUCAACGUUCCGGACUGGAGAGGCGCCAUCUGCAGUGGGCGCUAUGCACAGAUGUACAUUCAGGCCUACAAGACCAGUAAUCUGCGGAUGAAGAUCAUCAAGAAUGACUACCCUAGCCACCCUCUCUACCUGGAGGGGGCCCUGACCAGGAGUACCCACUACCAGCAGUACCAGCCAGUCGUCACCCUGCGGAAGGGCUACACCAUCCACUGGGACCAGACGGCCCCUGCCGAGCUCACCAUCUGGCUCAUCAACUUCAACAAGGGCGACUGGAUUCGAGUGGGGCUCUGCUACCCCCGGGGCACCACCUUUUCUAUCCUCUCGGAUGUUCACAAUCGCCUGCUGAAGCAAACGUCCAAGACGGGCAUCUUCGUGAGGACCUUGCAGAUGGACAAAGUGGAGCAGAGCUACCCUGGCAAGAGCCACUAUUACUGGGACGAGGACUCGGGGCUGCUCUUCCUGAAGCUGAAAGCCCAGAACGAGAGAGAGGAGUUCUCCUUCUGCUCUGUGAAAGGCUGCGAGAGAAUAAAGAUUAAAGCUCUGAUCCCAAGGAAUGCUGGCGUCAGCAACUGCGCGGCCACAGCCUACCCCAAGUUCGCGGAGAAGGCCGUCGUGGAUGUGCCGAUGCCCAAGAAGCUCUUUGGUUCUCAGCUGAAGACCAAGGACCACUUCCUGGAGGUGAAGAUGGAAAGUGCCAAGCAGCGCUUCUUCCACCUUCUGAACGACUUUGCCUACAUCGAAGUGGAUGGGAAGAAGUACCCGAGCUCGGAGGAUGGCAUCCAGGUGGUAGUAAUUGACGGGAGACAAGGGCACGUGUUGAGCCAAGCCAGCUUCAGGACCGCCAUCCUGCAGGGCAUCCCGUGGCAGCUCUUCAAUUACGUGCUGGCCAUCCCCGACAACUCCAUAGUUCUCAUGGCAUCGAAGGGAAGAUACGUCUCCAGAGGCCCGUGGACUCGAGUGCUGGAAAAGCUCGGGGCAGACAAGGGUCUCAGACUGAAAGACAAAAUGGCAUUCGUUGGCUUCAAGGGCAGCUUCCGGCCCACCUGGGUGACUCUGGACACCGAGGACCACCAUGCCAAAAUCUUCCAGGUUGUGCCCGUCCCCGUGGUGAGGAAGAAGAAGCUGUGAGGACCGCUGCCACCUCAGCGCCGCCCUGCAGUGGACUCUGACGGUGGACUCCCGGCCGCCGCCUGGGGCAGCCUGGCUGGUCCCCCAGCCCCUGUCCAGCAGCUGCCGGGGAAAGCCACGUGUCAGCCCUGAUGGGCCAAGGGGAGGGUAUCAGGGACCCCCGGUGCUGCCACCUGCCCCCACUCAAGUGUCUACCUGCAGCCCCAGGGGCAGUGUUGGCUGAUGCUGGAAACCUUCUCUUUCCUGCAGCCUCUUGGGUGCUUCUCUCCUAUCUGUGCCUCUGCGGUGGGGUGUGCGUGUGUGCGUGUGUGUGUGGGUGUGAGGACCGUACGAGGAGACCUGCGCUGCGCUGGCAGCAAACGUCCACUUUGGCGGGAGCUCUGCCCCAGCUGGGAGGCAGCCUGGAGGGGGUGCUGGGUCGUCCACACAUCCCCAUGCUCUCCAGCACGCACGUUAGGGUGGUCGGUGUAGGAGGAAGAGCCCUGGUCCUGAGGAAAUCUUCAUUCCUGUAAGCAAGAGCCGACCUCCGCGGGCUUCGGAGCUGGCGUGUAGACCGGGACUCCGUCUUCCGUUGACCAAGGUGGCACCGGCUACCCUCGGAGAAGGGCGAGCCUGCCUCCGGAGGGGUUCAACCUCUCAGGAGACUUCGGCACCCAGGUUGGGAGUUGGACUAGGUGACUUUUAAAGGUCCUUUCAGUUCUGAGAUGCCAGAACUGCGAUGCUGUGGCUUUUCACAUUGUGUCCGGAACCCAGCAGUAGGUGAGAACGUUCCUUUCCGCCAACAUCCAUGAUGCUGGGUGCUCGGGGCGUACAGGAUGGAGUGGGGAGAAGCACUGCCUGAGGCAAGGGGCUCGCAGGCUGGUGGAACAGGUGGUCGGGUGUGUGUACCUCUGAUGCCAGGCAGAGAAAGCCAAGAGAGGUAAAGAGGAGGCCGGCGGCAGUUCCCGGAGGGAAAGAGCUUACGCGCUCGGGUGGUCAGGAAGCUUCCUGCAGGAACGAAGGGCAGGGGCAUUUGGGUGGGCGGAGAUGCGGCAGCCCCUGGAGUGGUUCCUGCCCACAUCUGCCGAAGAUGGGUGACUUCAAGGUCGCCCUUUGCCCUCGACUUGCUGGCCACCCGUAAUAGAGAAGCGGGCAUCAGAGGGGGUGAUGGGCUGAGCUCAUUAUGGCCAGAGCGCUGGGUCAGCUGGUCCACCAACCACUCCCAGAGGGGGUGGAGUCAAGUCGAGAAAGGGGAGCUCCUGCAUCGGGGCCCCUGAGAGCCCUCGCGGAGCCCCACACGGACACGCUCACACCUCAGUGAGCCUGGGGUUUCAGAGCUGGAAAGGACCUUAGGGAACACCUAGUCCAAAGCCUUCGUUGUAUGGAUGGGACACAUGAGACCCCAAGCUGGGGAAGAAUCACACGGCCAGGGCAGGGCCAGGACGGGAGCCCCACUCCCCGCACUUACUGCCACACCACGCUGCCUCAACAGCCGGCCUGAGUGGCCUCGCGAAACGGGGGCAAGUCCCCUUGAAGGGAAAAAAAAUCAGAAUAGAAAGAGAGUUGGCCGAUGACUGUUUCUCUCCUGGUCCUCCGCUCGCACAAGGGCGCCCUCCUCCGGGCUGUGGAGGUCCUGCAGCCUCCGCUUGGCUCAAACUACCUGCCCUGCCGAGCCGGCGCCCAGCAGCUGCGGUCACUGCACUGGUGCUACCUGCUUCUGUAGGUCUGCAGGCGCGCCCAGCAGACACGUUUUCGGUGAGCCAGCUAGGUGGCUCCGGGGUCUGAAGAGCUUUGGGCCCACCCCACCCCAGGCCCUCUCAGCCACUGCCUAAUAACCUGCUCUCUCCCUUGCCCACCUUGGAGAGAGCCAGGAGAGCUUCCAGAGAAAGAAAACUAUCUAUCUGUGGCUUAUACUCCCUCAUGAGACACCAGGGUCGCUCUGGGUCUCGUCCCGUUUCCUGCCCCAACCACAAAUUCUUUCCUUCCUUGGCUCCCCACCUGCCCAGCUGCACCCAAUGAGGCUCGGCCCAAGAGUCCACUCCCCAGGCCGAGCCAGUUGCCAAAGAGGUCGUCCCCACUAAACAGGUCUUUUGCUGCUAGGAGGUGACAGUGGGACUCUGCCGCUUAAGACUUGGCAGCUUCAAAGACCCAGGUCCCAGGAAGGACCUCUUCCAGGCAGAUCAGAGGCCAUGGGGAGGAGAGUUCAAUGACCUCAUGUUCUUCUUGUCUAUAGUUCCGUUGAGUUUUCCUAAACUCUUAAUGCAAGGGUCUCAUACUGUGAACCACUUAGGAUGUGAUCACUUCAGAUGGCCAGGAAUGUUGUCUGUCUUUGGUUCAGUUCAUGUAAAAAAAAAAAAAAAUCUAUUUGAAAAUCCUCAGAGUUGUACAUAUGUCUAACAAACAGUGCAGGAUCUGUGCAUAAAACUUUCCUUCCUAAACCAUUCACCAAGAGCCCGUGUCUGGGCCUGUUCUUGGUAGCACAAAUUUUCUUACUGCUUAGAAGAUUGUUCUUGUUGUUCUUUCUGUUUGUAAGCCUCAAAAUGAGUUAGGCCUUUAAAAAAAAGCAAAACAAAAAACACUCCUCUGAAAUGCUUGUCUUUUUCCUGUUGCCGAAAUAGCUGGUCCUUUUUCGGGAAUUAGAUGUAUAGUGUGUUUUGUCUGUAAACAUUUCUUGUAGGCGUCACCAUGAACAAAGAUAUAUUUUCUAUUUAUUUAUUCUGUGUGCACUUCGAGAAGUCAUUGUCAGAGAAAUGAAGAAUUGUCUUAAAUGUCACGUUUGGGGAUGUCCUUUGGACCACCUGAAAGGGGUGUACCCAGGGCCUUCUGCUUGCGGCAGAGGACAUCGGCUCUGGUUUGGAAGAUCUUGCUGUACCAUAGUAAACAUACAAAAGAUAUCAUCCACCUGUCUGCUUGUUUUGUUUUCCAUUAAAGUGGGCCUCAUUUUAAGCCAGAGAGCUACAGAAAAUAAGAUUGAGGAAAUCUCCCUUUGCACCUGCCUCUCAACUUCCAAGAACUAGUCAGGUGUCAGAGUCCUACCUUGUCCUGCCCCAAGGGGGCGCUCACGAGAGCAGGUGGAGAUGGUCCUAGGAGAGGGAAUACGUCGUUCACGUGGCCGGCCGCAUCCAGGAUGGACUACGUCCUUCUCACUCCUAAGCCAUCAGUAAGCUGUCAGGGCAGCAGCCUCCCCGAGGGGAAGCCAGGGGUCAGCAGUCUGGACUCGAAGCCAGACUGUUUCUUCCUCAUGGGCACAGUUUGGUCAGAGGCCAAACACGGUAUCUGAGAAGAAUGUGGAGACUGAGGUGGAGAAACAGGUCCAAAUCAAGCUGCCAGACAACAGGGGCAGAAGAACCUAGGCAGAGGUGAGAGGGGCUCGGGGGGCCUGGAGAGGAGAAAGUGAGAAGCUUAGAACGGGGUGAAUGGGAGGGUCUUAAGAGCUGUGCUCUCCAGUGAGGCAGCCACUGGCCACAUGAGGUCACCUACAUUGAAAUUAAGUAAAAUGAAAUAG